UCUAAAUACAUAUCAUAAGGAGCUUCCUUGCACACUGGACUCGUUCAGCUGCCUUUUUUUAGCCGAAAAUGAAGAUAAUUGGUUUUUACGGUUCUAGAGCCACGCUGAUACUCAAAAUGUAACUUUAUUCUACAAAUAGUUGCCAAAACGCGGUAUUGCUUCAAAAUGCGAUGAAAGUAGGCGCAAAGCGCUUUAUGUUGUGAUUGCAUCGUUUGGUGAGUAUUCAGUUUGCCCGAUUUUACACGUCAGCACUAGAAGUAAGAUACGUGACGUUCUUAGUGCAAGAUAUAACAUGAGGCGACGGCUGCUCCAAGUACGCCGGGAGAGUGUCGGUUUGGUCAAACGUGUGGACGCCUUCCCCAAGCUUCCAGACGACUGCAGAGAGAAGAGCACCAUAGGAGCAACUGUAUCUCUUUUGUGCUGCGCCGUCAUAGCUGUUCUUGUGACGUCAGAAGUGCAGCGCUACGGGCGAAGCGAAAUUCGAUAUCAGUAUGAAGUGGACAAAGAAAUAUCGGAGAAGCUGAACAUCACUGUAGACAUCACUGUGGCAAUGCCGUGCGAAUACGUAGGUGCUGACGUCACCAAUUCCCUUGGCCAUUAUUGGUCUUUACGGGAUCAGAUGACGUACUUCGAGUUGACAGAAAAACAGAAGAAAGAACAAAGAAAACUGCAAUCUGUGCGAAGAGAAAUCAACGCAAAGAGGUCGUUGAGAGAUGUCAUCCUCCAAUCAGGACUUGACACGUCACGGACGAUCAUCAGGCACGACCACAAAACCCUGUACAAGAAACAAGUGGACGCGUGUCGCUUUCAUGGGCAGCUGGAAAUUGACAAGGUUUCUGGAACACUUCACAUUAUGGCAGGAAGGUCUAUCCAGCACAGUUCAGGACACAACCACUACCUAGCACCAGACUUACUGCAGAGCGACAAACCUGUGACGUACAACUUCUCCCACCGUAUUGACCUGUUGUCUUUCGGUGCCCUCACACCCGGCAUUCUCAAUCCUCUGGAUGGUGAGGAGAAAAAUACACAUACUGGAAACAUGAUGUACCAGUACGUAGUGCAGGUCGUCCCCACCACAGUACGCACCAGGCGGAUCUCUGCCCAAACACACCAGUUUGCUGUCACUGAAAGGGAAAGGGCUGUAGAAGCUGCUUAUGGAAGGGUGACAUCGGGAGCAGCAGGUAUCUACAUAGCAUUUGAGCUGUCCAGUAUCCGUGUACACAUCACUGAGGAGGAGAAGUCCCUGGGCCAUCUUGCAGUGCGCUUGUGUGGGAUCAUAGGGGGCGUCUAUACAACCUCAGGUGUUCUGUACUCCCUGGUGACAACUUUGACAACUCAACUGUUUGGAAAAGAUCCAACUGUUGAAGAACUACAGGAGACCAUCAUCACAGAAGGAUCAGUGCAGGAGCAAGAAGAAGCUUAAACAGGAUGACUGCACUAAUGCAGCACAAUACAGUACAGAAUACAGGAGGCAGACUGGUGAAGUACAUCCAGUCAAUAAACAUGACAGGUGGUUAAAGUAAACUGUCCAAACACCAUAACAAUGCACAAAGUAAAAGGAGCAUUGCAGGUGGGAAGAGUUGUGAUCUGUACUACCUACCCUACCUUUGGGAGCAGACUAAAGCAAACAAGGCUGGACUCCAGGCUAUAGUGUACAUCAACAAAAAUAAGAUGCUUCUGAAUAAGAACAAAGACACUUUUCAUAAAGGAGCAUUUAUAAUUCAUUCAAUGUAAGAUAUGUAUACCAGUGGUGCCACCAUUUUUCUUGACAAGAAUAUGCUACAACUUAAAUCAUUUCCUGUGAACUCAUGUAUGAUACAAUGUACCGGUACUGAAUUUUUCUAUGAAAAAAACUUCUUAAAUCUAAAACUACAUGUAUAAUGCUGCAACCUGGUCUCUUUGAUAACGUCUAAUUGUCACAUAUUCUCUGACACAUGGUGCAGUUGAAAUAAACAAACAAUGACUAUUUUGUGAGUCAAUGCUAGGGAAGAAUGGUUGCUCCCAUGGAUGCAUGUAUGCAUGUAUGUACAGAUAAGGACAAGUAACAGUUAUAAAUAAUGUUUCUUGAAGACAGAAUUUAUGAAUCAAAUGACAUUCAUGCAUUAAACUGAUUCAAGCUAAAGUGACAUUGCUGUUUUAUGAAAUGUAUUGAAGGAAAUUCUACUGUCUCCUUCUUAAUUUAAGUAUGAUACAGCAGAGAGCACUGCUGUUGAGCAUAGUUAUACUGCUGAUCAUUCAAUUGAGCCAUACUUUGUUUAAAGACAUGGAAUUCAACAAUUUGAAUGGGAUCUGCACAUCUGCAGCACUGAACCAUUUCUUCAAAAGUGAAAUAGAAACUGGUGGGCAUUCUCCCAUGUGCAAGCAUAUUAGUCACAAGAAUGGUGAACUUGACUGCAAUAAAAGAAUAAAACAUA